CGGCCUCUUUUAGGUGCCACGAAAGUGGACCAACUCAUGCUUGUGAUUCAAGCAAGAGAAAAGGGAAACACGACCGCAAUCAAACAGAGCACAGAUGGAAGUAUUCUUGCAUCUCCCAACUCAGAUCAUCCAAAGGAUUCUGUUUUGCCACUGGCUGUGGGUUUGGUUGGCGGUGUUGAUAAACCCCUGAAGACAGAAAAUGCAAAUGACGGAGAGCCUAGCAAGAAACGGAAGAAAAGGGGCAAGACGCAAGAAUGUCCUUACUGUUUCAAGCAGUUCCACCAAUCAACACACUUAGAUGUGCACGUCCGGUCUCACAUUGGGCUCAAACCAUUCGAAUGCACGUUCUGUGGAAAGCGGUUCACGCAAGGAGGAAAUUUGAGGACCCACAUGCGCCUCCACACGGGUGAGAAGCCCUUUGUUUGCAACAUUUGCAAUCACAACUUUAGUAGAAAAGGUAACCUUGCUGCUCACAUGUUGACGCACAACAAGGAAAAGCCGUUUGAGUGCAAGUUGGACAACUGCGAUAAGUCAUUCACUCAGCUCGGCAAUUUGAAAUCUCACCAGAAUAAAUUUCAUUUGCCGACGUUGACCAAGUUGACACAGACCUUUGCAAGCAUCACAGGCGACGCGCUUGCGCUGCUCCCUGAAGAAGAGAAGCAACUUUUGGAGUAUUUUGCUAAGCUUUACAAAAAUGCCAACAAAGGAAUAAGAGGUCGCGGUAAG